CCUUCAUUGUCAUAUCUUUUAGUUCAUAGUAUUAAUAUAUUAUGUUACAUCACUGUGUAUUUUACAGUGAAUCAUCAGUUCAUUGGAAAUUACAGAUAGGUGAGAGCGUAGGAUUUCAUGUCCGCCUGCAUUACCAGCGUCUUCGAGAACAGGGAGGUGUCAUGUUCUGUACAACAGGUAUGCUUCUCCAAGGUCUGCACUCCAAUCCAACUCUUAAGGGAGUGUCACAUGUGAUAGUGGAUGAAGUUCAUGAACGCUCAGUACAGACAGAUUUGCUACUUAUAAUAUUGCGACGCUUGUUAAGGAGUUCAGAUAAUCUACGUAUUAUCUUUAUGAGUGCUUCAUUGAGUACUUUACAGUUGCAGAAUAUUUUGAGGCAGAAGAGGCAACUGUAAUUAAAGUCCCUGGAGCACUGUAUCCUCUCACUCGCCACUAUCUCCCAUGUGCAUUAAAUGAACUUCAGAUCAGCUCAAGAUAUUACCAGCUGGAUUCUCUAAUGGAACCAGGUUCACAACCCUUUAUCAACUAUGAUCUGGUUGUUGAUGUGAUUAAAUCUAUACAGAACUCCAGGCCACCUGGUGCUAUUCUGUGCUUCUUACCUGGAUGGCAGGAUAUCCGGACAGUUCAGGCACGACUAACUGAAGAUAAGAAGUUAGAAAGUAAGCUGUGGGUGUUGCCCCUUCAUUCAAGGUUGUCCUCAAGUGACCAAGAGCAGAUUUUUGAAGAAGCACCAGAAGGUCGUCGCAAAGUUGUAUUGGCUACAAACUUGGCUGAGACCAGCCUGACAGUCCAAGAUGUAAUAUAUGUUGUGGACACAGGUUGCCACAAAGAGCAUAGAUAUGACCCAAGGAAAAAUUUAAGCAUAUUAGCCAACCACUGGAUCUCACGGGCUAAUAGCCAGCAGCGGGCCGGAAGGGCAGGACGAGUUCAGCCAGGAGAAGUGUUCCACCUCUACUCCUUGAAAAUCCAUAACAACAUGGACCCCUUUCCUGUCCCUGAGAUCAUGAGGAUCCCUCUGGAGCAUGUUAUUCUCCAGUGUAAGGCACAUUGUGGAGAUGAAAGUAUGCUUAGCUUUCUCUCAGAAGGAUUGAGUGUUCCAUCACGACGGCUUAUUUCCAAGGCUGUUUCCACACUUGAGGACCUAGGAAUGUUGAAAAUCCUUGAUCAAGGAGCCACAGAGAAACUCACAGCACUUGGGCGUCGCGUUGUGCACUUCUCCACUCCUCCUCAUUUAUCAAAGGCACUUGUCUAUGCUUCUUUAUUCAAGUGUCUGAGUCAGUCCUCAAAUUAAUGCCAGU